CUCUCUCUCUCUCAUCCAAAUUCGAAUCACAUUAUGGGUUUACAAGGGGAUGAAGAAACAAAGAUGAUGAGGAGGAAAUCUUCCAUUUUUAGGUACAAUUCACCCUUAGUUCAAGUGACUCUGAUUGGAUUAGUAUGCUUUUGUUGUCCCGGGAUGUUCAACGCCUUGUCAGGGAUGGGCGGCGGAGGGCAGGUGGACCCCACGGCUGCCAACAACGCCAACACUGCCCUUUAUACCACGUUUGCAGUCUUUGGCAUCCUCGGUGGCGGCAUCUACAACAUCCUUGGUCCACGUACCACCCUCUUCGCUGGCUGCUCCACCUACGUCCUCUACGCCGGCUCCUUCCUCUACUACAACCACUACCACCACCAGCCCUUCGCCCUCACAGCCGGCGCUCUCCUGGGCGUCGGCGCUGGCCUACUCUGGGCUGGCCAGGGGGCAAUCAUGACCGCUUACCCCCCAGCUGACCGCAAAGGUACCUACAUCUCCCUCUUCUGGACCAUCUUCAACAUGGGCGGCGUCAUUGGCGGCCUCAUCCCGUUCAUCCUCAACUACCACCGUGGCGCCACCACUGCCGCAGCCUCUGUAAACGACGCCACCUACAUCGGUUUCAUGAUUUUCAUGUUGGUUGGCACUCUCCUUUCCCUUGCAAUCCUACACCCCAGUCGCGUAAUUCGCGACGACAGUUCUCUAUGUACUAGCAUUAAGUACUCGAGUAUUUCAGUCGAAUCAACUGAAAUACUCAAACUGUUUCUCAAUUGGAGGAUGCUGUUGCUAUCACCCGCGGCCUGGGCUAGUAACUUUGUUCACUGUUACCAAUUCAACAAUGUCAAUGGAGUUUUGUUCGAUCUUAGGACUCGAGGGUUGACCAAUAUGUGCUAUUGGACGGCGCAGAUGAUUGGAUCGUUGGUGAUCGGAUACAUAAUCGAUUUCAGUUUUAAGAGUAGGAGGGUGAGAGGACUUGUGAGUGUUGGGAUUGUUGGUUUGGUCGGGACUGGAAUUUGGGUUGGUGGGCUUGUGAAUCAACUCAAAUACUCGCGCCAUGAUCUGCCUAAGAGGUUGGAUUUUAAGGACAAUGGUUCGGAAUUCGCAGGACCGUUGGUGUUGUAUUUUGCUUAUGGGCUGCUUGAUGCCAUGUUUCAGAGCACGGUUUACUGGAUCAUGGGUGCUUUGGCUGAUGAUUCCGAGACCCUUAGCAGGUAUACUGGAUUCUAUAAGGGAGUGCAAAGUGCAGGGGCAGCAGUGGCUUGGCAAAUUGAUACACACAAGGUGCCAUUUUUGGCCGAAAUGAUUGCUAAUUGGUCGUUGACUACACUCAGCUAUCCACUUCUGGCAGUUCUGGUUGUGUUGGCUGUGGAAGAUGACAAUCAGACUGAUCAAGAACGGACUUUCCAAGGAGGCUGCUCUUUCACCAGCAAUACUUUCUUUCUCAUCUGAAUUGUAAAUGCAACUGUUACGAUCACCAAAAUCAUCGACUCCUCAUAUUUGUUCAUAAUUAUCAAUUUGCAUCCAUAUUUGCAAAUAAAAGUGACAGAUUGAUGAUUUCAGUGCACUUUUUUUUCGGUGCUCGUAACUUUUCCUUGUAAAUGAAGUGUCUUUGGAAUCACAAUGUAUGAAUCAGUAUGUGGUUGGAAUUUGAAUGCCCAGUUAACUUGUACUAUUCAAUAAUACUUACGCAAAAUGUAAAGAAAUUUAAGUUUCUUUUA